UGCCCCUGCAUCGCCGACCACACCGUCGCAGCGUCCGUCCGUCCGUCCGUAACUGGUUUCGCGUCCGUGUCCGCGUCCGCGACCGAGUGUGAAGAGUGAUCGUGUACCAAAAUGCGGGAAACGACGAUGAGAGAAACGAAUAAAUAAUAAUAAAUAAAUGAUGUGUUUUUUGUGUCGGUUGUGCGGGAAAUGAGUGUGGAGCAGCAGAGCGGCGGGAGGCGAUGGAGAGAAGAGCUGGUGGGCAAGAGGUUCCUGGUCGUCGACGGCGUCCUCAGGCCCAAGAAGGGCGUCGCGACCUGGGGGUGGCGCAGAGGUGUCAUCCGUGCGGCCACACACACCGACAACCAACAUCCGCUUCUUCAGGUCUUGGUCGAGUACGACGACGUGGAAUGGCAACGACGCGAAUGGAUCCACGUCCACAAGGAGGGGCUGUUCCAUUUGUUCCUGGUCGAACAUUGUCUCAUUUGGGCCGAACGAAAAGAUCCCUUUUCCAAUUCGCCGAAUCCUGACAAUAUUUUAUGGCCAGCGCUUACUUUUACGGCGCUGGUGUCCAAGUGGGAGAUACCGUCCGAAAGUGAGCCGAUCGAGUUCCUGUACGACCGCGAGCUCGCCUUCAAAGAUUACAAGUCGCUGAAACCGUUCCAGGAUUGGGAAGGGGCCAAGGGCAACGGGGCAAUAAUCCGAGAGUACCCGGAGGUGCGGGUGGCGGCGCGCAGAUGGUGCGAACAGCAGGACGGCCACAAGAUCCUGCUGACCACACCCAGCGUCCUGGUCGGGUUCCGGGUCGAGGUUUACCGGGUCGAGGGCACCACCCAGUGGUACACCGCCGUCAUCGUGGGAUACAACGAAGCUACCAGAGACCUGACCGUGACGGAUGACACCGUCUUGGAAGAACACAACGAAGAUCCUGCCCUAGUACAAAUGAGAUUGAUCGGAGAUGGAGUUGUGGAGUCGAUAAUGCGAGGGGAGGAUGUUGGAAUUACGCCGAGAAGAUCUCGUUCCACAGUCCUGCAAAAUCACUACCAUCCACACACUAGUCGUGCGUUGAGAGGUGCGACUACUGCCCACAACUACCAUCAUCAUCAUCAUCAUCAUCAUCAUCAUCAGAACGGAGUUUUGGACGCCGGUGCGUCCCAAGGCGCCAACGCCAGGAAAUCCGGCAGGAAACCUCACCACCACCUAGAAGAGGAUAAUCCUCGAACAAUCAGAGAAAAAGGUUCCGGUGUCGGAAUUAAAUCCCGGAAACGCAAGCAACAGCAGCAGCAGCACCAGCAACUAGAGGAGAAGGAAGAAGACUUGGAGAACAAGCGGUCUCGAAGGAAACGGCUGACGGCGACGAGCAAUCGCCGACUGAAGGUACUCGAAGAACAGAACGAUACGAAACUCGUUCAGGAAGUGCAGGUCCACAUCACUCAGAGCAGAUGUAUUAGUGUUGGUGGUGCCGAAAAGGAGGAGCUGCCCCAAGAGGAGAACGAUGAUGAGGAAGUGAAGUUGGUGGAAGUGAGAGAAAAUGCGGACGGUGCAUCGAUGCCAGUGUCCGAUGCCGGAGAUGAUGCUUUGAAGUGCGUUCUUGUCGGUGACAGUAGACGAAAGGAGGAAGAAAACGAAGACGAGGACGACGACGAUUGUGUGAUAAUAGUGAAGGAAGAAGAAGAAGAAGAAGAAGGAGAGAAGAAGCAGCAGAAGACGGCGGUGGACAAAGAGCACGGAAGCAAUGGUCAAGGAGGUAGGUGCGAGUCGGGCAGCGGCGUCGGCGACCGGACGGUGCUCAGGAUGGAGGUGGGCGAGGGGCUGAGCGGCGUCGGAGUGCGCAGCAUCUGCCUGCCCGAUGACCGGUCCGAUUCCGGCGUCGGAUCCUUGAGGUCGGUCAGCAGCAGCGGCGAUGAGAGGAGCGGCUCCAGAUCGAGCGCGCUGAGCUCAACGGACGAGCAGCCGCCCCAGCAACAGCAACUAAUACUACCGCAGACAGGCGGCGGAAGACAGGGCGCCCACACGCCCAACCAUCCGCUUCAGCACCACAGCCACACCGUCACUCCCAACGCGGCGCAUCAGACGCUGCAUUCGGUCGCGUCGAGCCGAUCACCCCUUUUCGGAGUAGGUGUGGGAGUAAACCCCUUGGAACAGGUCCGCGUCUGGCGCGACCCCAACUUAUUGUUCGAAUCGGAACCGCACGUCAGACACAUCAACAGUAAAAGGACGCGUUGUUCCAGCGUGCAGCACCAAACGCUCCUAAUGUCCCAUCCGUCGGGACAGGGUGGCGGCGUGCCGGCCGCGUCGCCGGCGUCCAGCGCCUCGAGCGCCGCCCAUCAAUCGGCCGCCGGCCUGUACGCCCCUCCGGGCGCCGCGGUUCCCGGACUCGUGUCUCCCCAUCACUUGGUUUCGCCCCACAUGCCCAUUUACCUCGAUCUGUGGAAGCAGCAGCGGUUUGCGGCGCAUAUUAUGCCCGCCGCCGCGGCGGCAGCCGCCCAGGCUCACACCGACGAUCUCAUGGAGAGGGAGCGCGUUAUGAUGAUGAGGCAGUCGCAGGAGGCAAAAGAAAAGGAACGAAUGGAUCGUGAACGUCAAGAGCGCCAAGAAAGAGACAAGCACGAGAAGGAGAAACUGGAAAAGGAACGACAAAAUCAGGCUCUCCAGAAUCAUUUCGAAAAGUCUUUGCGAGUGGCUGAACAAAAGAGAGGAGAACACCAUCCGUGGCCCCCAGUUGCGGCACGUUCGCAGCAGCCUCGCACGUCCAGCCUCUCCGAGGAGGACAACAGAAAGCGACUGAUCGAACAAGAUCUGCAGCAUCAACGACACAUGUCGCAAUCGUCACGCGACCACCGUGGCGGAAGCAGUUCCUACUACAAUCCGGUGCAGCGAUCUGCCAGCGUGCCCGGAAAAGCGGAGUACCCGCCCCCCGCGCAUUCGCGACCCGUCGCCACGAACAAAGUGGACAAAGUGCAUCCGUCAAUGCAAAAGACUGAUUUGUCGUCGUUGUAUUCGCAUCACGCAGCUGCGGCCGCCUACCAGCAACAGUUUUACGAACCGAAAAGCAAAGUGAGCGGUGGUGGUGGUGUCGGUGGUGGUGUUGUUAGUGGUGGUGGUGGUGGUCUCGAUCACCACAAGACGCAACAGACUGCCUCCGGUUUGGUGGUGACGAAAGCGCAGAUGGACGGUCGCGACGUGAUUGGUGAGCCGAAGACGACGGUGAUCGUGAAACACGAUACCAAAUCGCCCUAUCACAUAGAUCAACGGGGCAGCGUCCCUUCGCAUCACUCGCCCAGUCCAAAGCAACAACGUGGCGACAUCGUUCCCUCGUCGGCACAGACGCCCAAACGGUCGGGCAUCUACGACUACCCGCCGAAUCCGAAUCACAGUUCCCUCAAGUGGAUGUAUCAGAUGCCCCAGACCAUCCCGAAGAGUGCGACGAGCGAUCAUCGGUCGUCGGGCGGACAACUGCCCAGUCCCCAUCAGAGGCAGUCUCCGCAUCCGCAUCCGCACGCGCAGCAGCACACGUCGCCCGACAUGCGCUACAGGACCACGCCCGAAACGCAGGCCAUGAUCUAUCCGACGUGCGGCAGCGGCGAUAGCGGCAAAUCAUCUUCCGGAGCAUCGUAUCCGCCCUUCCUAUCCGCCGGCACGACGACUGCCGCUUCCGCCUUCGCCUUGUCGCAGACGUCGUCGGUUAACUCGAAACCGAAAGUGAGCAGUCCGGCACCGCAUCACUUCUACGGCAAACCGAAUUCUGUUGGCGGCGGUGGAAGCGGACGACCCUCACCUCUGGAUGUCGGACACGGUGUCCCGAUGCAACUGACGGCCAAACCGACCUUGACCAACGUGUCGUCGCCCUACCAACAGAUGUCGCAGUCGCAACCGCCGCAUCCACCCCAACACACGCCCCCUAUGCAAAACCCUUUGCCGCCACCGGCUCACAGUCGCACCACUUCCUCCAUAGACCGCCUCUAUUCCCCAGGAUCGGCCGUCAAACUGACAGGUUCGCCCCCCACGGCCGCUUCUGCGCCCCUCCCCUUGAACCACGGCAGGUACGGUCCGUCCCUGUCCGUGCAAGGUUCCCAUUCUUCAGUACAAACGCAACCUUUAGACUUGGUCGCAUCCAAAUACGAGUCGUCGGUGUCGCCGAAGAGGAAAGCGUCCGCCGGCAGUCCCGUUUGUCUGGAAAAGAAACGGAAACUGGACACGCCGAGUCCCGGAUUGCCUCCGCCCCAACCGCAGCUGCAGCAGCAGCAGCAACAACAGCACCAUCUGCAGCAUCAUUCGUCGACAAUGUAUGUCGGCGGUGGUCAACAGCCGCAAUUGUCGCGAGUUAGCGAACCCAGUCCACUGAUCGCCAGCGCCGCCACAACCAUCACCACCAUGGUCAACACUUUGGGCUACAGGACGCCGCCCAAUACGACGACGACUGUGCCGUUGACGUCGCAACCACCUGCCGGCGGAAUGGGAGCGAGCGCUGCGGCUGCCGCCACGGCCACGGCCCUCACCAACAAUCUGCCCGACGUCAGUGUUACCACCGUUUGGUCGAUGGUGGCGCCGUCUACAAUCGCAAGUCCCUCCCCACCGCCGGGCGGACCACGUCAAUUGAACACCGCCAGUCCUCCGUCGGCUCCGACACCCGAAGAACCCUCCCCGGUGAAAACACCUACACCCGCCGCCAUCUCGCAGCCCGCCCCACCUCCGAGUUCGGUCGACUCGGAAAAAUCAAACAGUCCCGGUCCGAUCAAAACGUCGACGGGCAGCGGCAGCAGUUAUCCGGUCCGGCACUUGAAAAAGGCGUGGCUUCAAAGGCACACGGGCGAAGACCCGGGGGACACGGCGGGCGUCGUCGGCUCGGGUAGCUGUGUCACUUUGCCCAUGAAAAUUACGUCGACGCCCGCCAACUCGACUGCCACCGCUGCCACCGCCGCCGCCACCGUCGUUACCGCGCCGCCGCCCAAAGAAAACCCCGUCAAUUCCAUCCACAACGUUGGAUCGCUGGCGGUCAACAGCAUCAGCAAGUCGAACAGCAAGCACUUGAAGACGGCGACGAACAGAAAAACCGCAGCCGGAGGAGCGGCCAACCAAAACAAAGAUCAACCUUCGACCGCCUCGUCCAAUAACGCAACCACAACCGUCAACGGCCAUCCGCCUUCGGAGACCGGAAGCAAAGGUGCAGGGGGUGACGAUUCCUCCUCGUCGGAUCAGGAACGCGGCAGAAAGUCACCACCCAAAAGAAAACCGCCCAAAGUAAAACGAAAAAAAGGCGGCGGGGGAUCCGCCGCAGCUGCCGCCAAGAAGGCCUCCGAAGAAAAGAAACGCAAAACAUCCGGCGGUGCACAAUCCACAGUCGCAGCAAGCGAGAGCGGCAGCGACAGCGAAAAGGAGAGCGGUAGCGACAAGGAUUCCGAUUCCGGAGCCAGCACCGCCCCAACCGGCACCAAAAAAACGACCAACUCCUCAAACAACAGCGGAGGUGGCAGCGGUGGGGGCGGUGGAAAGGAACCCCGCAAAAGAGGACGUAGACCCAAGUCGUCAAAAAACGAUAAGGGCGAGGAGCCGCGGUCGAAAAAGUCCAAGGAGGACUCGACGACGCCCCAGCGCGACCCCUUCCGCAAACCGCCCGUGGGGCAUCUGAAGAAGACGGGAGAAAGCUUCCUGCAGGACGGACCCUGUUUCGAAGUGGCACCGAAACUGGCCAAGUGUCGGGAGUGCAGGUGGACGCCCAACCAAAGGUCGAAGAACAUGCCCAACAUUUUCUGUCGGUUCUACGCCUUCCGCAGACUGAGGUACACCAAAAACGGACAGCUGGCCAUCGCCGGUUUCUCAGAUCCGCAUAAGGACGCGACAGAGAGCGAUCUAAAACUGUGGCUGCCAAAUACUGAUAGUCCGCCUUCUGAUUUGGAUUUGGAAACUUCCAGAUUUCUACUGAAACAAGUUGGUGAUCAUUUCUGUGAUUUAUUGGUGCAAGAAAAAGAAGCACACGCCGAACACAUGUCCGAAGACAAGACAAUCGCCUGGAAACGUGUAGUGCAGGGUGUCAGGGAGAUGUGUGACGUUUGCGAAACUACGUUGUUCAACUUCCAUUGGGCCUGCGGCAAAUGUGGAUUCGUCGUAUGCUUGGACUGUUACAAGAGCCGAAAAUCCGGUACCAUUAAGAUUUGGGGAGAACCGGGCAAAGACAAGGACGAAUUCUCGUGGUUGUUGUGCACGAACCGGUCGGCCCACGAGCAAGAAAAACUCAUGCUCACGCAAAUUAUCGCGGGCGAUUCGUUGCUCAAGUUGGGCAAAAAGGUGCACGAGAUGCGGGAACUCUGGCAAAUCGAGCAGUACUGCGCGUGUCCGUUGGCCAAAGAAGUGACGCAAAAGGCCAACAACGUCGCUUUCAAGGAGAUCGUCAGCUCCAUCCUCAAUGAGAAAGUGAACGGAGUCAAAAAAGAAAUUAAGGAGGAAGUGAACGGCGGCGGUGUGAAAGAAGAACGCACGUCUCCGCUAAGUUGGCUGGCCGACGUCGCCCUGUCCAACGAAGACAAGAAACACGAGGAGAGCAGCAGCGAUUCCGAAGACGGCAACUUCUCGACGCUGCGCGAACUUUUGAUCCGCCCCUCUCACAAGCCGAACGGCAGUCGGGCAACGUCGCCCGUGUCGCAGCAACAAAAGAACAGCAACAACGGCACCGGCUCCAGCAAAAAGGCGAUCAGCGCCAAGGCGGACACGUUGGACGACGUGAUUUCGAGUGUGAUCGAAGACAGCGUGCCCAAACAUGCGGACUCGAACCAGAGCAAUUCGUCCGAACGCAAGGAACUGAAGCACUUCGUUCGAAGGUACAACUGGCAGGCGAAAGGGCGGGUGCCAAUUCCCAUUCGUAUCAUGACGUUCACGGAGAGUCAGACGUUGUAUCCGGACGUGCCGCACAGUUGGUUGUGCGACGGAAAGUUGCUCCGGCUGAGCGAUGCCAUCCACAAGGGCAACUACAAGAUAUUCCAGGAUCAGUGGAAGCGAGGCCAGCCCGUCAUCGUUUCCGACGUCACCAAAAAUAUGGAUAAAAACUUGUGGAAUCCGGAGGCGUUCGCACGCGACUUUGGCGAAGAAAAGAACGACCUGAUCAAUUGCAUGACCGGCAACCUGGUACCGAACCAACCGAUGAAAAAGUUCUGGGAAGGCUUCGAUCACUUCUCCAAACGACUGAAGGACGAUCGCGGCAAUCCGAUGCUGUUGAAGUUGAAGGACUGGCCGCCGGGCGAGGACUUUGCCGAACUGUUGCCCACUCGAUACAACGAUCUCAUUAAAGUGUUGCCCCUUGCAGAGUACACGCAUCGCUCGGGCCGACUAAACUUGGCGAGUCGUCUGCCGGAAUGCUUUGUGCGUCCGGAUCUGGGACCCAAGAUGUACAACGCUUACGGCUCCGCCCUGCAUCCCUCCAAAGGAACCACCAACUUGCACUUGGAUAUUUCCGACGCCGUCAACGUGAUGGUGUACGUGGGCAUACCGAAAGACGGCGACAGCGAGGCGCACAUCAAAGAGGCCUUCCGUGCCAUCGACGAAGCCGGCUGCGACAUCUUGACGAGACGACGAGUACGAGACAAGGGCGAAUUACCAGGCGCGCUGUGGCACAUCUACAACGCGCGUGACGCCGACAAGAUCCGCGACCUCCUUAACAAGGUGGUGGUGGAGAAGGGCGGACGGCUGGAGCCGCACCACGACCCUAUCCACGAUCAGAGCUGUUAUCUGGACGGUCCGUUGCGCGAGCGUCUCUAUAAAGAGUACGGAGUUGAGGGAUACGCCAUCGUCCAGUGUCUCGGCGACGCGGUCUUCAUUCCGGCGGGGGCGCCGCACCAGGUGCGAAACCUCCACAAUUGCAUCAAAGUCGCGGAGGACUUUGUGUCGCCCGAGAACGUGUCGCACUGCUUCCAUCUGACGCAAGAGUUCCGCGACCUGACCGACACCCAUUCGAAUCACGAGGACAAACUGCAGAUAAAGAACAUCAUCUAUCACGCCGUCAAGGAUUCCCUCAGCACGCUCAACUCCAUCCUGCACAAGCACGCCAACAUCAAGAAGGAAGAAGAUUCGACGUCUUCGUCCGCAUCCUCGUCGUCAGGGUCGUCGUCCGCAUCGUCCACCUCGUGCACAUCGUCGUCAUCGUCCUCCUCCUCUUCCUCCUCCUCUUCGUCGUCGUCAUCUACGACUUCGGAGAAAAAUGGCGAAGCGGCUCAAAACGAAGGUGCAACGGCAGCGGCGGCGACGACGGCAGCGGCAUCGACGACGGCCACCACGACGACAACAUCAACACCGGCGACGGCGUCAACGACCUCACCGGCGGUGACGACGUCAACGCAACAGUCUGCCUCUGUCAACGCAACGACAGAACAAACCUGAAUCAUGUGAUAGUAGACGCUCUAGUUUUGAACGAACGAGUUUUUGCAAAUGUGUGAUAAAAGAUUUAUUAAAAAAUAAAUAGACAGACAGACAGACAGCUGUCGUCGGUCGUCAAAAGGGUUUUUUGUUGGAAGUACGACAGACACACCGCCGUUCUUCUUUUGUGUACAUAGAUGUACAUUUUUUCCGUUUUUUGGAUAAAGAGCUGAAUAUGCACGGUUUAUCUUCCUGUUAGUAGACAUCGGCGAUCGAUGAGAAAAAGGUCGUCGGUUUUUUGUAAUUAGUCUUGUACUACCUACGUACACACCAUACACAAACACACACACACCACCACCUACUACUUGUUGAAAGAUGCACUCGACCCAACGUCGAACGUGCACGUCUGUUAAUUAUUGCCUCUUUGUUUGUUUUUAAUUAUGUUGUCGAAACACCCCUUUUAUUUUAUUAUUACAAUUCAAUGUUGUUUCAAUACGAAUUCUCUUGUAUAACUAACUGUGCCUGUUGAAGAUUAUAAAAAUUAUUGUACAUGGGUAUUUUUGCCUCCUCCACCUAUUUCAUCAAAACAACAUUCUUACUACUGUUCCAUCAUCUAAAGAGAAAUCGAAUAAAACGUACGCCAGACACACACACACACACACAUCCACACACACUGCUAUUCAGUAUUCUUUGUGAGUUGUUAACAAUGGACUUGUGCAGUCAAUCCGGAUCCGGAAAUCGAAUCGGUCGGUGGAUAUUUGCGUUUCGGGGGCAAUACUAGUCAUAGUUGUUUUUUAAUUUACAAACGAACGAACAACUGUUGUUGAUUGAUUUUGAAUUGUUUUAUAUAUAAAUUAGUGGAGAACCGAUCGAUCGAUUGGACGAUCUGUGCGCACAUCGACGCCCUCAACUAAUUUUUCAUAUACAUAAAUAACUUGUCCAUCGUUCGAGUAUGUUUGAUGUUACUUACUUAGUGAUUUGUAAUGGAAAAUGAAAAAAAAAUUAUUAUUGGAACAUUCGAAAGUGCUAUUUCAUUCAAAGUGCCAAUUACUCUGUACUGUACUGUUCGAUAUUUGUAGCCUGAAACUCAACUGAAGAACGUUUACGGUUUGUUGACCGAGAAACUAAUUAAUUAACCGAAACAUGAAAAUGAUCUCGAUUUGAUUUACAACGAUUGAAAUGUGCAAGUUGAUGGUGGGCGUUCAGUUUAUAGUGAUGAAAAGAAAGAGAUGAAAAAAAUGAAUAUAGGUCGCCACCCGUCAACUUGACACACCCCGCCCUUCACUCCUACCCACGUACCUACAUACCUACCUACUUGAUCCCACUUAAUUCUAGUUGACAAAAUCAAUCGGUUUUGGACUUGUUUUUGUACAUUCACUAUAUUAUUGUAUCGGUCAUUACUUUAACUACUUUAAACUGUUAUUUUAUGAUUGUCAUAUAUGUGUAUAUUGUUUGAUGAUGUAAUGUAAUGAGGACAUAAUUUAUUUUGUUUUAAUUUACGACAAUUCUUUGUACAGUAGUAGCGAUAGACUUUUGUACAGUAACGAAUUAUACAUGUUUCAUUUUACCUCCAAUGAGGUACAAUAUAGUUUUUUUGUACUAUGUAUAUUAUGUAAGAUUAUAGGUUUCAAUAAGAAAAUGUUUAUUAAAAAUCAUCCAACGUGA